AUGGGAUCAAAGAAAGAUGAACAAGUUGUUAUCAGCUACUUUCACAUGGGCUUUGGUAGAAAAUACCCAGGGCAGUUUACUAGUAUCUCUGAAAUGCAUUCUAUGGAAAGUGUUGCAAUGAAAUCAGAAAUGCGGGCAAGUGAAAUUCAGCGGCUUGAGCAAACCAUACAAGAUUUAAAAACAAAAAUUGCAGAGCUAGAGAAACAGUUUCCAGCAACAGAGGUGUUGGUUUCAAGCAGAAGCCUGUGGAAUGGGACUGAACAGCCAACUCAUGAAGGACUACCUAACACAGCUCUUCAAGAACAUGAAUUGUGUGCCCUAGUUAAAACUAUAACUGCAACAUCUGUGCAGACAUCUCCAGCAGAUGAUUGUUUAACACACAUAAUGCCUUCAGACAAUACACUGCCACAAGCACCUCCCCACCUCAAAGGGGAUCCAGGUCAAGGGCCAACUCAGCCAUUGCCAACACUUGAGCCACAACCCACCUUUUGCUCUGAAAUAGCUUUAGUUCUGUCACCAAAACGGAUUUCAGUACAGCUGGAUGCUUCUCAAGAAAAACUAACAAUGCCACAAACUUCAAGACCAUGCUUGCUUCAAGAGGAAUCUCUGCCAUCAGCUCCCCACCCUUCUCUCAGUAUGGAGACUGUAACAUGGAAUGAAUAUUCCCCAUCUUUAUCAUCUCAUAUCACUUCUGGUCCUCUGUCCACUGACACUGGAAUUUCCCUGCCUGGAGCAGGAGGUCCAUUUUUAACUUCAUCAGUGUCACCUCCCUCAUCCCUCUCUGCCUCAGGAUAUUUGGUGUCUUCAUCUGACAUAGCACCAUCUUCUGUUCCAUCAUUCUCCGCCGAAAGGAUUCCUUCCCCCUCAUGUAUGCCAGGAAUGGACAUGAUACCACCUGCCCCUUCUUUAUCUGUUGCAAGCAUCUCUUCUAGGUCGCCUUUGCCUACAGCUGGAAUGCCUACAGAUAUCCCAUCUCCACCACCUCUUCCUGUAACUGGAGUUCCACCUCCUCCACCUUUGCCAGGAGUAGAUAUUCUGCCUGUACCAUCUCCACCUGCCAUGGGUAUUCCACCACCUCCAUCUUUGCCAGGACCAGUUUUUUCCCUUUUGCCAGGCAUGGUGGCACCCUCUUCUAUCCCAGAAAUAGUGCCACCCCCUCCACCCCCACCCCCUUUACCAGGUAUGGGAGUGCCUCCUCCUCCUCCACUACCCCCACCCCCUUGGCCAGGCAUAGGAGUGCCUCCUCCUCCACCACCACCCCCUUUGCCAGGCAUAGGAGUGCCGCCUCCUCCACCUUUGCCAGGCAUGGGAGUGCCACCCCCUCCACCCCCACCCCCUUUACCAGGUAUGGGAGUGCCUCCUCCUCCUCCACUACCCCCACCCCCUUGGCCAGGCAUAGGAGUGCCUCCUCCUCCACCACCACCCCCUUUGCCAGGCAUAGGAGUGCCGCCUCCUCCACCACCACCCCCUUGGCCAGGUGUGGGGGGACCUCCUCCUCCUCCCCCUCUACAAGGACUGACAGUGCUGCCUCCUCCACCUCCCCCACCUUUGCCAGGCGUGGGUUUGCCACCUCCUCCACCACCUUUGCCUGGUGCAGGAGUCCCUUCUGUGCCUGGAAUAGGCAUGCCCCCACCUCCACCUCCUAGUCUUCCACAAGUUUCUGGGUUUCUUCCUCCUCCCUUGCCGACUGGUUUAUUUGUAAUGGGAAUUAACCAGGAAAAAAGUAGCAGAAAGCAUGCAAUAGAACCUUCUCGACCCAUGAAGCCUCUUUAUUGGACAAGAAUCCAGCUUCAUAAUAAAAGAGAUUCUAGUGCUUCACUUGUGUGGGAAAAAAUUGAAGAACCUUCAAUAGAUUAUCAUGAAUUUGAAGAACUGUUUUCUAAAACAGCUGUUAAAGAGAGGAAGAAACCUAUUUCGGACACCAUCACCAAGACCAAGAAUAAACAAGUUGUCAAGUUGUUAAGCAACAAAAGAUCACAAGCAGUUGGUAUAUUAAUGUCCAGCCUUCAUUUAGAUAUGAAAGAUAUACAGCAUGCUGUCAUGAACCUGGACAACUCUGUGGUAGACUUAGAGACUCUUCAAGCCCUUUAUGAGAAUAGAGCACAAUCUGAUGAACUGGAAAAGAUAGAAAAGCAUGGCAAAUCAAGUAAAGAAAAGGAGAAUGCCAAAUCUUUGGACAAACCUGAACAGUUUCUUUAUGAGCUCUCCCUGAUUCCCAACUUCUCUGAACGAGCCUUUUGUAUCCUGUUCCAAUCAACAUUCUCUGAAAGCAUUUCGUCUCUCCGAAGCAAACUUGAAUUGUUGCAGAAACUGUGUGAGAUGUUGAAAAGUGGCUCAGGAGUUAUGCGGGUUUUAGGCUUGGUCCUGGCUUUUGGGAAUUACAUGAAUGGUGGAAAUAGGACAAGAGGGCAAGCAGAUGGCUUUGGACUAGACAUACUUCCCAAACUAAAAGAUGUCAAGAGUAGUGACAACAGCAGAAGUCUUCUGUCUUAUAUUGUCUCAUAUUAUUUGCGUAAUUUUGAUGAGGAUGCUGGAAAAGAACAAUGCAUCUUCCCACUUCCAGAACCACAGGAUCUUUUUCAAGCUUCUCAGCUAAAAUUUGAAGAAUUCAAUAAGGAUCUUCGCAAACUUAAAAAAGACUUGAGAGCAUGUGAGACAGAAGCAGGCAAAGUUUGCCAGUUUUCAUUAGAAGAACACAUCCAGCCCUUUAAAGACAACAUGGAGAAAUUCAUUAGUCAAGCUAAAAUUGACCAUGAGAUGGAAGAGAAAUCUCUGGCAGAGACGCACAAAAGCUUUUUGGAGACUGCAGCAUAUUUCUGCAUGAAACCAAAAAUGGGUGAAAAGGAGGUUUCUCUGAACGCUUUCUUCAGUAUUUGGCAUGAAUUCAGUUCUGAUUUUAAAGAAUUCUGGAAAAAAGAAAAUAAACUUAUUUUGCAAGAAAGGCUUAAAGAGGCUGAAGAGGUAUGUAGGCAGAAAAAAGGAAAAUCACUUUACAAUAUAAAACAAAAGCAUGAUUCUGGAAUUAAAGCAAAGAUAAGUAUGAAAAUAUGAGAGAAGAAAAACUUAUGUCUUCAUACAAUGGUUCAAUAAAUUGAACAUGCCUUGGGAGGUAGGGGAAAGGAAAUAUUCUCAUUCAGCCCAUUUGUUUUCUUGAUUUUCUUGCAUUUUAUUUCCUGUUUACACUGACUACCAUGAGCAUUCACUGAUAAACAGAUUUUCAGGAUGGAAUGCCCAAUAAUGGAAGCUAUUUGAAAUAUGUCUCCUACAGGCACCCCAUACUUUCUUUUCCAUCCGGACAUUAUUUUGCAAUGUAUAUGGUAGAAUACUAAUAAAGACUAAAGUAGUCUGUGUAAGCAGCAGUAUUUCAGUGUGUCCUAAACAUACUGAAAACUUUAUAAACAUCUAACUUCAUAUAGAUGUUACACUUCCAUUCCUGCAGAAAUUUUUUUUCCAAAGCAAAUACAUUACAGCACUGCAUUUAGACUAGGGAGAAAGUUACUUCUCAAGAACUGUUUGUAUCCAUUUCCUAUUGACCUUGUAAAUGUAUUCUGAAUUGGUAAAAGUGUUUCUUUUACACUCUAAGCCAUGCUCUCCAAAGUUACUCCAUUGCAUAUUGACUAAAUAUGCCCUAAAUAUGAAAUUCAACCCAGCUAUUGUUAUAGUUGACAAAGUUGAUCAUGAUUUGCUAAUAUUAAGGAAUGGAACCAAAACAAAAAGGAAAAAAAAACAAUUAUAGCUAAGCACAGGACUCACUUGGUAGAUACCAAACAAUCUCGGGUAUUUCAGUAUGUUAUAUACAUUGAAAAAACUCUUUGUUUGCAGAGUAACAGGAAACUUGUUGUAGACUUUCUAUCAAAGUUUUGAAUUGAAAAAUUUAAAGAACUAAAGAUCUUUCCCUUUUCUUAUCAUUCUAAAUUAUGAAGGAUUAUAUUAAGAACCUUGGUUUUUCUGGUGAUAAAGCAAAGAUUAUGAUUUCUGUUUGAUCUUACAUUUUAUUAAGUACUUGUACUACAAAAGGUACAGCAGCUGCAAAUGUUUUGCACCACUUCAAUCUCAACUGCUGAAAACAAUUUAAUGAUUGGGCAGAUCUAGUUUACAUUUCCUCCACACUUUCUAAGAGCAACUUUUUAAAAGAUUAAAAAAGCCAAACGUAGGGAAAAGAUGUAUAUAUCUCAAUGCCUCUCAGCAUAGAAGGUGCUAGAGUGAUGCAAUUUCUAAGUUUUGAAAUAUUUAUUUUUCUCCAUGUAACCCACUAUAUGAUACCUGGUUAUCCAGAGAUUAAUAUGUGGUUCCAGGAAUCAUAAGGGCUGCAUAAAAUAUGACCUCAGGAAUUGAAUUUUUAAAGUACCAAUCACUAAAAAAUAUAUUUUUCCUCCACUGGGAAAUUAUUUCCUGUUACGUAAUCAGCCUGAAACUAUCACGUUUCAGGAUAGUCCCAGAACUCCAUUAUACGAUCCAGUAGCAUCAGGAAUCAGGUUAUUUCUUUGGGAAAGGGAAAAGAGAAGAUUGUUACAAGAGACCUAUCAAAAGCAAUUUAAAAAGUAAAACAUAUUUUAAUAGCACUGAUUAAAACUCAUGUUUGUAUUUAUGUAAUUUAUAGUCUUUUGCUGUUUCUGCAUUUUUUCAUUUAAAUGCAUUUAAAAACAUUGAAGCAUGUUUGUUUUGUAGAUUUCCUGUUCCCUUCAGUAUCUACUGUGUGUCUAUUGCCAUUCUAAAUUGAAUAAUGCUACACUUAACAAAGAUCGCUA